AUGAAGGAAGAUAUGGAGAAGAUGGUGGCGGUAGGGCUCGUGUGGGGAGCAACCAAUGCGCUGAUCCGCCGCGGAGCCCUCGCCUGGGAUAAAAAAUCUUCGAAAACAGAGUCUCCUCAUCUUCAGAUCCAAUCAAACCUCCGCCGGAAAAUCCUGACUUCUCUCCGAAGCUGGAUGAAUCUCCUCCUCUUCUGGCAAUACUCUGUUCCUUUCCUGAUCAACCUCUCAGCAUCCGCCACAUUCUUCGCUCUCCUCAGCCAUGCCCCGAUCUCUCUAGCCGUUCCGGUCACGAACGCCACAACCUUUGCCGCAACCGCCGUGUUCGGGAUUCUUUUAGGGGAAGAAACUCAAAUCGGACUUGCUCUGUUAGGUACGACUUUUAUCGUAUUUGGAAUUUGGCUUUGCGUUGGCAGUAAUUAG